AUCCGAUGAUAGAGCGCGUCGCUGCAACCCCAACAACGAAGCGCCCCUUAACAGGUCGGUCUCGGUCGUGAUCGGCUCACGGCUGCCGUGUAUAAGUAUUAGAGCAGAGAAGGGCGGCUUUUCUCUGAGCUGCUCCCUUCAUUGUGCCCCAGCUAUGGUCCGGGAGGCGCGAACGGCUCAUCCCCUUUUGCUGGUCGCCGUGUUCGUGGUCAUGUGUGCUGCCAUACCACACUCCGUUAUGGCAAUAGACCUCAGCCGUCUCUACGGACAUAUCAGCUCCAAAAGAGGUGACGCCUGUCAUCCGUAUGAACCCUUCAAAUGUCCUGGGGAUGGGAAUUGCAUUUCCAUCCAAUAUUUAUGUGAUGGCGCGCCGGAUUGUCCGGACGGAUACGAUGAAGAUUCACGACUGUGUACAGCAGCAAAAAGACCUCCUGUAGAAGAAACAGGAAGUUUUCUAAAGUCCCUCCUACAAAGCCACGGGCCAAAUUAUUUAGAAAAAUUGUUUGGAAGUAAAGCUCGAGACGCUCUUAAACCACUUGGAGGAGUUGAUAAAGUAGCAAUAGCAUUAUCAGAGUCACAAACGAUUGAAGAUUUCGGAGCAGCCUUACAUUUGAUGCGAUCAGAUUUAGAGCACUUACGUUCAGUUUUUAUAGCAGUAGAAAAUGGAGAUUUGGGAAUGUUGAAAUCAUUGGGUAUAAAAGAUUCAGAGCUGGGAGACGUGAAAUUUUUCCUAGAAAAAUUGGUGAAUACUGGAUUUUUAGACUGAACCAUAUUUGACCCUGCUGCUGUAUUCUUCGCUCACCCCCAACCUCAUUUACCGUUGAGUAAAAAUUUUUAUUCCUAUCUUCCUUAUUGAUUUUGUCUAUCUGCCUGUUUAGCAGCAGAGUCCACUAUCUAUCCGUCCCUCACUUUCUCAACCAAUUUUAAGUUAACAACUACUAAUUAGCUUUAAUUAUGUUAGACUUUGCUGAACAGUCUUUUUUUGCUGUCUCGAAAGGCUGCCGGCACUCAUCAACAGCCAAUAUACAAUUUUACAGACUUAUGAAAUACAUAUCAAAGCAACCAAAAGGUCUUUGACAACGGCACAUAUCAUAGCUAAGUGUAUUGUUAAUAUAAGGCAAUGUGUGAUCACAAUAUUUAACAGUUUUUAUUAAUGUUAUUUAGACAUCUGAGUGUUUUUCAACGAGUUUAUCUCCAGAGGAAGGUACACCAAAAAUGCGUUUUUUUGUUUAUUUGGUUCCAAACACUUUCCGAAUCGAUUACAAUCUAAUGGCAAAAGUAGUAUUUUCACAUAAUACUUUCAAAAUGUCUUUUUUGGUGCUUCUUGCUCAAAAAGCAAUUAUCGUGACACUAGAUGUAGUUUUUAAGAAUAAUAUUUAAGGAUAUUGUAAUUUUGAAAUUUAUAAUGCACCGGCUGGCCGGUUGAUAGCACUAAAAUCCUAUAACUCGAGCUAAAAAACCUUGACGUUACCCUAAAACUUUGUUGCGAUUAGUGCAGGGUAACAAAGUGCUAGUUCACGUUAAUAUUUUCUCCUCCGGUAGGGGAUUUUAGUUAUUUUAAUAAGCGGCAACGCUGGGUUGCCGGGGAGCGCUUUGUAGGGCCUAACGCGCAUUCGUCCUGCAACCUAUGGGAUCCCGCAAGGCCGAUAUUGUGAUUUUUGUAAAUAUAUAUUACCAUCGAUGCCGUGAACACGACUCUAUUUAUAGAUAACGACCUGACACUUUACCAUCAAAAAUAUUUAGAGUGUGUGAAACGUCAUCGUUGAUUAACAAGCACAAUCACAUCCGCAAGACGCGAAAAAUAUAGUCAAUAUGUUAUAUAUUGUCUGUCUCUUCCUCGUCCUUCGACAAAUAUUUACCAAAAUCGAAUGUUUCGACUUGAAUACUUUUCAAUUUUUGUCACUAAGAAAUAUAUUUACCGUCGAAACUUUCGCAUUCUUAUCGGUAAAAUUUGUCGAAAGCCCGGUUCGGGACAUCUGCUAUGUAUAGAUAAAUAUUUAUAUAUAUAUAGAAAACAUUUAUAAAUAUAUUUUUUCGAACGGAAGUGCAGAUGUUUUGUGUUUGGUGCGCGAUGAAACGAUCAUUUGAAUGAUAUACCUCCCGUUUUGAAAAUGUUUUAAAAUAAAGGCUGGUCUAUCAAUUAUUAUAUAAAUAAAAUACAUAUCAAAUAUUUUUAUCGUUACACAUUACGUAUUUAUUUAUUGUGAAGUGGAAUUUCUAACUUAAUAAAUACAUUAAGAAAAAUAA